CAAUUCAAUAGCGGGGUAGUCAUACAAGAAGAUCCGCGUCGUUGCGAGCAUCCUCCUACGGAAAAGCCAAAAACUCACGACCGAAAAUGACGAAUUAUGCUCCUCCAGCCCAGGAGAUUCAAUAUCCUCGCUUCCAGCAGAACUCUCAGGUUUCUGCAGCAUAUCCUCCUCCGAACUUUAGCUACCCGCCGCCUCCCAAGCAGCCGGCAUCUCCUCCGGUGACCGGAUCUAAUAACCCGUAUGCAGCGAGCGUAUCUCCUCCUCCGCAAUCCUCGACACCUCAGCCUGCUGCCCCCGCUGUGCAACCCCACAGAUCAUCUGUCAGCUCGGCGCAAUUUGGCCCGCCCGUUAAUGCGACCAAUCAAGACGAAGUCGGCACGUUCAAUGGUGGGAGCUUCAGAGUUAGCCAUCGAGACAGCAAUUCGAUUGUCACCCUGCAGUUGGCUGUGGGCUGUCCGAUAGAGGCCAAGCCAGGGGCGAUGAUCUCCAUGUCUCACACCAUCUCAGUCAGGGGAAAGAUAAGUUUUUCUCUGAAAAAAAUGUUUGCCGGCGGCGAGAUGUCAUAUUCGAUCUUCACUGGACCUGGUGAACUCUUACUGGCUCCAUCAACCUUGGGCGACAUUAUUGUUCUGCGCUUGAAUGGCACAGAUUCGUGGAAAGUCGGCAAAGAUGGAUUUUUGGCGUCGACAAGCGCUGUCCAGAAGGACUACCAAAGCCAAGGGUUAACCAAAGGUGUCUUCUCCGGCGAAGGACUGUUCAUUUACAAGAUGAGCGGAUCAGGCCUUGUCUGGCUGCAGAGCUUUGGUGCUAUCAUCAAGAAAGAUCUCCGUGACGGUGAGGCAUAUUUCGUCGACAACGGCCAUCUUGUGGCGUGGAAUUGCAAAUACAGGAUGGAGCGUGUUGCUGGAGGAGGCAUAAUGUCCAACCUGGCCUCCGGAGAAGGUCUCGCGUGUCGCUUCGACGGCCCGGGGACCGUGUACAUGCAGACGAGAAACGUCCAAGCCUUUGCCGCCCAUAUCGGUGCGCAUACUGCCAGUAAUUGAGGGCGGAUAACGGUAGAUUGAUGCUUAUGAGCUGGUCUCGGAACAGUGUUAUUGUUUUUGGUUCGUAUUUCCUUUAUCGGGGUUUCUGUUGUCUUCAUUUGUUACUUGGGAGCGAAAUGCACCUGUAUAUGAUGAUAUAUAGCAUGUUUCAUUAAUGAGUCCCUUCUCAA